AUGGCUCGCCCUAAGAAGCAACCUGUCGAGAAGCAGCAACCUGCUCCCGUCCCUAUGCCUCCUCAGCACAUCCAGCAAUACCCUCAACACCCCCAGCCUAUCGCUGCCGUCCCUCAAGCUAUGGCUGUUCCCAUGCCCGCUGCUGUCGCAGCCCCCCCUCAGGCCGUGAUGCCUCAGCGCGUCGUUGAUAACGACAGCUUCCUUCGCGUUCGCGAUUCGGCUGUUGGUCGCUUGACUACCAUUCUUGAGCUCUUGCGCUCUUUCACUGCCGACUAUGUUCGCCAGACCAACCUUCUCCUUGGCGAGCCUACUGCUGAGGGCUCCCAAGACAACCUUCUCGCCAACUUUGAGCAAGCUGCUCAGCAGCUUAUUAGCAUCCAGCCUGCUGAGCUGGCACCUCCUGUUGAGGAGAAGAAGGAACGCAAGAAGCGAACCAUUGACCCUAACGCUCCCAAGCGUCCCUUGACUCCUUACUUCCUGUACAUGCAGCACGCUCGUUCCAUCAUUGCCAACGACCUAGGCACUGAAGCACCUAAGGGCGCCGUCCAGGAGGAGGGCCAGCGACGAUGGGCACACAUGGGACCCCAUGAGAAGCAGGGCUGGAACAAUGCCUACCAGUACAACCUUCGUCUCUACAACGCCCGUGUUCAUUCUUACAAGAAUGGCAACCCUCUUGCCAAGGGCAUGACUGAUGAGGAGGCACUCAAGUAUGCUGAGGAUUUCCAGAUCCCCAUGCCUGAGCUCAAGGAUGUCACUCAAACUGAAGCGCCUGCCAACGAUCAGGACGCCCUUGCUGAGCAGCUCCAGGCUGUAGCUGCUGCCCCUGCUGCUGAAGAGCCUGAAGAGGCCGAGACCCCUGCCAAGACCCCCAAGAAGGCUGCCGGUGGUCGCAAGCGCAAGGUCGCUACUCCCGCUGCUGCUGAAGAGAAGCCCGCCCCUGCUAGCCCUGACAAGAAGCGUAGAAGGUCCACCAAGGCAGCAGCCGCCGCCGAGCCUCAAGAGGAGCCUAAGAAGUCGGGUCGCAAGAAGACUAAGAGCUCUUAA